AUGGCUGCACGGCAGUUAGAGGAUAUUGGUGCAAUCGAGGAGGUUGACGUUGGAGGUUACGAUUUGGUCAAUGUUAAGCGGGAACAAGUGGUUCUUGGUGAUAAUGUACCACUUCAACAUCGAACAGCCGGCGUUAGAAACAGAUGCCCAUAUGGAUGUGGAAAGAUGGUCGCUCCAAGAACGAUAGAUUAUCAUCGGACUAAUGGCUGCCGUGCCGGACAUUCGAAAGAUGAAGGUUUUGGUGAUACAACUAAGAAGAGGUACUACUGUUGCGGUGUGUGCUUCAUGGAAUUCGUUACUCGGACAGCUUUCCACGAACAUUUAAGCAUUGAGCACGAUGUGCAUCCUCAAAUUCACGAAAUGACGUUUGCUAACAUGGACGAGUUCAAGCGUUUCGUUCGUUGGCUAGAGCUUAAAGGAGGCGCACAUUUUCGACAUAAGUCAGGCUCGAAGCGACGUCAACGUGGAAAAGGCAUCUUCAUGGCUUGCAACAGGAGUGGAUUCGUGAACUCAAAUAGCUCCACAGGUAGCGACCGUGAUCGCGUAGGUCCUUAUCGUAUGGGUCACACUUGCACUGCGUACAUCCACGGAACUCAACAUGCUGAUGGCCGUGUAUCCAUCGAGAUGUGUGGAGAUCACUAUGGUCAUGACAUUCGAAUGCGACUUCCACCAAUCAUCAAAUCGAUAAUUGCACAACGGCAAAUGGAAGGCGAAAGCAGUGCUGAUAUAAUUGAUUAUUUGAGACAACACUUCUUACCCUUUGCCAAUGAGAACAUCUACGCUCAAAGGGCUUGCCUUGUUGAUAAUGAGGAACUGCGUACGAUUCACGUUACUGCAACGAAGAAGUGGGAGAUGGAAGGAAUUCCUACUACUUGUGAGAUAUGGGAAGAAGAAUUGCUUGACAUGGUUGGCAUUGUUCGUGAGGGAGUACCACGAGUUCGGCCUCUGAAUGAGAAAACUACAGAAGAAAUCGCCUUGCAGCAGAAUUGGCCGAGGCCCACGGUGUUCACCGCGAAAGUUCGAAUGAAGACUGGUGAGUUUGUACCACAUGAAGCUCUCUUGGAAGCUGAACGCGAGAACCGGGUUGAUCACUGCCAAGAGGAAUCUACGUGUGUUACUCCUGAGAACGCUGAGGAAUUUGAUGCCAAUGAUGGAUCCUACCCACCUGCGAAGAAACCCUUACUGUCUGAUGGUCUGAAUCAAGCUGAAGAUAGCGCAGAUGAGUAUAUCGAUGUGGAUGGGGUGGUUGAAACGGGUCGUCUCAACACGCCGGGUUCUUCUCGAGAAAUGACCUCUCAUCCAAGAAGGCAGUUUGUUCCCAGGGGCACCGCACUUUCCAAAGAAGACGUUCUGCAGAAAUUGCUGUUGGAGAUCGAGGCUUUGAAAAAUCAGAUAAUAGAUUCCGCCAACACCGUAUCAGCGUUCAGUUUGCACUACAUUUUGUUGCGUUUGAAAACUUUGAGACCCAUGAUAGGGCAUUCUCCACCUUCGUCUCAAACGAAUGGUUUCCGAAGCGAGCUCGGCCAAGCAGAAGGGGAGUCUUCGGUUGCUGGGUUCGAGGUGCUGAGCGACGACGAAGAUAUCGCGCUUUCAGCGGGUGGCGCUUUCGAGUACACCAAUUACAUAUGGAGAUAA